AUGUCGGGGACAAAGCGGCCUGGGGAUGGCCUAGGGCCUAAAGCCGGGGAAAAAAGGUGGAAGAGGAAGAAGAUAGCCCCAGAAAUCGGGUCUUCGUUUCGGUCUACGGGUAGUCACGAGGAAGUGCUUCUCCAGGACGUGAAACUUUUGCUAGGAGAGGCCCACGAGCCGGGCACUGCGCCAGAACAGUUUUCGCAAGUCGAAUUAUCAAUCUCCAUGCUUGGUUCCACCGGCGACGGGCUGUCAAUCUCGCAUGAUGGCACAAGGGUUUACGUUGUACCCUUUGCUGUCCCUGGCGAUACCGUCGUCGUUAAAGUGGUGAAAAACUUUCCCUCAUAUUCCAUGACGGACUUGAUAGAAGUUAUAAAACCGUCGAAGAACCGAGACGACGACUUGGUAUUUUGUAGGUAUUUCGGCCGUUGUUCCGGCUGUCAGUUCCAAAUGCUCUCCGGAGACUACCAGCUCCAGCACAAGCAAAAAGUAAUUGCGAAAGCAAUGCAGAAUUUUUCGAACCUAGACCCAUCCUUGAUCCCCCCGAUCGGAGGAGUUAUGCCCUCGCCGCUGUUGCGUGGAUACAGGACUAAGCUAACCCCUCAUUUCGACGGACCACGCCGGGGCGGAUUCAAAGAAGGAGCGCCUGUUCCAGAUAUUGGAUUUCAGUUAAAGGGAAGAAGCUUUGUUCUUGAUAUUGAAGAUUGCCCAAUUGGCACGGAUGCGGUUCGGGAUGGCUUUAAAUCACAAAGAACCUUUGUCAAAGAAAACCUUCAUACGUUCAAACGUGGGGCCACACUAUUGCUUCGUGAAACCACUGAAAGGACCUUUUCUCCUGAAACCAUCGAUGGCCGCGAGGCCAUUCGAUCUUACAGAGACAUUAAGACCUGCAUUACGGACUCGAAGGCUCUUGUCACAGAAUGGAUAGGGAGGGCUAAGUUUAUCUCCCCGGCUGGGUCAUUCUUCCAGAACAAUAACUCAAUCCUAGAAAAGUUCACCACAUUCGUUCAGGAGCAGCUUGUGAUCCCGAAGUUGGCAGGGCAGGAUCAUUCAGAAUCCUAUCUCAUUGAUGCGUAUUGUGGGUCUGGGCUUUUCAGUAUCUGCUGUGGGCAUGGGUUUAAUGGAAUAAUUGGAGUUGAUAUAUCGUCACAAUCAAUCGAAUCAGCAAGGAAAAACGCCACGGAAAAUGGGAUCCACAACGCCCGAUUCAUUACGGGAAAUGCGGAGGCCAUAUUUGCAAAUAUUGACUUUCCGCCUGAGCUCACUAGCAUGGUCAUCGAUCCUCCACGAAAGGGUUGUGACGAAUUAUUUCUUUCCCAGCUUCUAAAACUCGGCCCAAAAAGACUCGUCUAUAUUAGCUGCAAUGUCCAUACUAUGGCACGAGAUAUCGGGUGGAUCGUCCAACAGGGUCUUGGAAAGGACUACCGUAUCGAUAAAAUUGGAGGGUUCGACUUUUUCCCACAGACGCACCAUGUAGAAGGUUAUGCUGUCCUAUCCAAAAACAGCUAA